CGGGUGAUGGUGUUUUUCUGACAAAACUGUGUGAUCUCUCAGCUGGAGCAGAAUUAGACUUGGUGGCACAAUAGUCACGCCACGAUAACUGUUGUAUGGUUAACUGAGUCUAAAUUCGCCAAUGAUUUCUAUCUAGCGAUGGACCGCCCUGCUAGCUAAAGAAAUUGUUAGCUAGCCAGCUGCGCAGAAAUGGGCGUUCACUGCUUAGCUUAUACUCAGCUGGGGGCCCAUGCCAGUCACAGUAUCGGGUUUUGUCGGGUUUGAGAGUCAUGAAAAAUUAACGUAGGACUGUUCUCUGGCCGUCUCCUUUAAUAUCAAAGUUGGUCGUGGCGAACUGGUUCUGUUGCAUUUGAUGCGCAAUCGUAAGGCAUGCUGAUGUUGUUAGCUAAGGCGUGCUAGCUUGCUAAACGGAUGCUUGCUAAGGUUGAUGUGUGAGGUAACUGGAAUAGCCGGCCAGCACGCUUGGGAACGGGAAGCCCAACAUUUCCUCUACCGUGGCUCGUGCUUCAUGGCAGAUUUUAGGCUUACGCGCACCUAUGCGUCUUAUUUUGCGUUCUUGAUUUAAGCUAACUAUUGCUAAGUGCAGGCUACCAUGGGUCACACGCCUGUAACGUAGUACCGAUCACUCACACAUUCACUGGCGCAAACAGGAGCGCAAGACAAAAGGGAUAUGUCUGUCAACACUCGGUGACGGCUCAGAAGAAUCACACGAUCAUCAGUGUGUCUUCAUGAUGAGUGACCUUGAACUCUACACAUGCUGAAACCAAGGAAUGGAAUAGAUACAACUCUGCAUUUACAGAGCGUGAAGCAAAAGCUUCUCCUGACCUCAUCUUGCAUGACAUAGGCCUGUUUGUCUGGAAACAAGUCGGGCUUUGAGCCAGUACCAGAGAUGCCCGUAAGAAGGCAUCCCUACAGGCUGCAGCCUAGCUACGCCAACUGAAAGCAUCAGACAACUGUGCCUCUUGUUUAGAGGAUGUGCUGCUGAUUGGACGCAACAUCUCAUUCCUCUUCCACCUCUCCAAAACGUUAUUAACGUUGAGUGUGUGCCAGCGUGUACAGUGAAUAAUGGUGGCCAAAAAUGGUGCUUGAAUGUAGCAUCCUGGUGCAGGGUGUGCUAAAAGGGGUGAGGCUCUCUCAGAAAAGUAUAACAGCUGACUGAUAGUCUGCUGCUGAUAAUGGAUGCCAAGUUAAAAGAGGACCUGUUUCGGAGGUAUGUGACGGCACUAGAGAGGCGUCUGGAGGAGGGAGGGGAAUGCACAGGGACUGGAACUGCACCUGAAGGGGACAAAAGCAGACACAAGGACAGUGAGGCCCUACUCUCCACAGCCACAGCUCUGCUUGGGGCCUACCAGCCAGAUCCAGCACAACGUUUCCGCAUGGUGCGUUUCUAUGAGGUGGUGGAGAACUCCCUCCGCUGCCAGAGAGGGGGAAACCUCAAGAGCUUGGAGAGAGCCUUCCACACCCUGGAAACCAUCUGCACCAACCUCUUGCUCUUCCCUUGGAAGAAGGAGUUCAGAUGUAUAAAGACCUUCACUGGCCCGUAUGUGUACCAUCUGCAGUCUGCCAUUCCUGAUGCUGAACUCCGAUCUCUAAUGCGCACCAUUGGCUACGCCUGUGACCAUGAUUCGCAGUUCCAUUUGCAGGAACACCCAGGAGGCGCAAAUCAUUUCCGCCAGUUGGCGUUCGAGCUCUUCUUGGCCCAGGCAGAGUGUCGUCUUCUGGGAGAGGUAGUGGCUCUGGCCCGUGGUUCAGCGUCAGAGCUGGAGGCCCUGGAACUCCGUAGAGGGUGCAGAGAUGAUGCAGCUGGCUGUGCUGAGGCACUCCGCAGGCGCGACAGCCUCGGGGCAGAUAUGGCUAGGCUGUCUGUGCGGCCACUGGAUAUAGAGAGGCCUCAUGCACACCACCUGCGGAGAGGAAGCCGACCGUCUAAGUCUGUGGAUGUUACAGAUGGGGCUGGCCAUUGGCACGCAGCUGUUAGCAAGCCUGUCUUGAAGGCCUCAUUGAGCCUGAGGAAGGAGCCUCUGUUUGUGGAUGCAGAGGAGGAUAUGAAGGAUGAGAUCAUCAGGCCCAGCACCUCAGCGUCUCUCUUCUCUGUGGUUGCUCCACCUUCCUAUAGCCCUGUUGCAGAUUUCUUCCCAAUUCAGUCACCUCCCCCGGCUGAUGCUUACACGUCCUACCACCUGUCCUCUUUGGAUGAGAUUGACUUGUACACUGAGAGGGGUGGCGCUGGGACGGGAGGAAGGCAGACCCCCUCUCGACCUCCAUCCAGAGAGCCUCGUGAGGCAAGGGAUGGGUGGCUGCUCAAAGCUCACGGUAGUGUGAAGUGUCAGGGCUGUGGGCUGGGCUGCUCAACUAUGGCUUCCUGCCAGAGGUGUGACAUGAUCCUCUGUGCUGCCUGUCAUGAUGUGGACCCCUCCCCUUGUUGUGGCCUCCAGGACUACCACCCCAAAUCGCCACGACCCCUUGAUGGAUACAUCCCCGUCAAGGAGAAGUUGUCUGUCUACUCCAAUACUCACUCCCACUCCCAUCUCCACCCCCAUCCCCUCACACUGACUCACUCACACUCUCACCCCCAUCCUCACCCCCAGAUGAUGGAAAAACCCCUCAUGUCCACUAAGCUGUUUCCAAGCAAGUCUGUUGCCUUGACGACGCCAAAGGGAGGCAGCAGUGAGCGAAUGAGCAUGGGGGGAUCGCGGUGCGGGUUUUGCAACAAGCCAGGUGCAUCACAUACCUGUGUGAACUGCUCAAAGGUGUCAUGUGACUCAUGCAUGGGCUUGUAUGCAAAGGAUAUGUGCACGCGAAAGAAUCCCCAGCACAGCUUUGUACCCAACCAUCAGCUCAAUUUCAAAUCUGGCACCAUAUCUCACCUGGUGUACCGAUGAAUCAGGCAGACAAAAUAUUUUGUUUCUCCCCCUCCGGCCCCUUAACCCACAGCGUAGUCUUGCACUAUUGCUUUAGCUCUGUUCCCACUCAAAAGGGAAGAUAGUGAAUGAGUUGUUUAUCUGAUGGUCUUUUUGCUCUCUCUAACACUCUCUUGAACUUUGUACAUUUUCUCUGUCAGUAGGACCCUGGAAUGCACAUGCCACAGAGAGCCAUAUCGUGUGCCCAUCUCUCUGCCUUGUACAAGUUCAGGCCUUUUAUCUAUUUCUUCCUCCUUUUACCUUGCUACCUGCUCUUGAGUAGUCAUGUGAUGUUGUAGCGCUUCCCAAAUUCCUCAAAUUUUGUCCUCCUCAAAAAGGGAAACUAGAGAAAAGAGAGUUUAAUUCCUUCUCAUCUUGAAUGAAUUCCGUCCAAAUGAACAUAUAUACUUUGCCUAACUUCUCAGCUAAAAAUUCCUCUAAUAUAUAAAUAUAUAUAUAUAUAUAUAUAUAUACAGUAUAUAUAUAUGUGAGUGUGUGUGUGUGAGAGUGUGUGUGUGUGUGUGUGUGUGUGUGUGUGUGUGUGUGUGUGUGUGUGUAGAAAAGACCUCUGAGCUUGCAUUGUGACAAAGGGGAUCUUUUUAAACUUGAAAAUAGUAGGGAAAACAGAGAAAACAUACACUGGAAGUCAAUAAGUCAAUAGUAUAUAUUUUUAAUCUCUAUUCUCUAGAACAAUGUGAGACUGUUAAAUGGGCAUGAGGUCUGGCAUUGGGAUAUUUGGGGUAUAAACUUAUGUCUGUGGGUGUGGGGUGGGAGAUAUCGCAAAGGGACAUAUUGAGACAAUGGUCAGAUGCCAUAUAUUCUAUUUAAAAGAUUAUGCCUUGUAAAUUAACCCUCAAUUGUUUCUGGUUAUAUGACUAAGGUGGAAAUGCUGCUGUUGACUUGAGACGUUGAAGAUUUGUGGUGUUGACUUCUUUCUGGUAAAUAGCCUGUUGAGUUGUGUCAGUUCCAAGCCCCCUACCCUCCUUUCAUUACACUCCUCCAGCCUCCAUGGUCCAUGAUGUUGUAGUGCCCCCUUACCAGAACAGUGGUUCCCUGUCAGUCUCAGGUGGGGUCACAGGAAGUCUCACGCUGGGCCACAAAUCAAGUGAUUGCGGUUCUUUGAUAGUGUGUGAGCCUAUUGAUUGGUUUUAGACAGUAUGAAAGUGUAUACUCUUGACACGGUUUCUGUCUACCUCAAAUGGCUUCAGCUUAUACACCCAGUUUGACACUGUGGUUUCAAACUAGCCCUAAAAGCCUAUGAAACACUGUAUUUAUUCCAUCAUUUUUCUCUAAUUUGCCAGUCAUGUUUUGGCUGAAUGGAAAACAUCUCCUCUUAAAAUCAACUGAUUCAGUCACUUUUAAAGGUUAGCAGAGGUUUUUUUUAUUUUGUGAGAUAAUCCUGGGAUUUGUCUUCUGAACAACAUAACACAGGAUUUUCUGUUUUGUAGCUGGUUACAGUUUUUCUAUAUACAGAGGGUGGACAUAAAAACAUGAACACUUGUAAAUUAUAACUAAGCGAUAGCCCUAUAACAAAUACUAUAUUCAAUAUGACCUUCAGAAAGAUGCUGGAGUUUCAUUGUAAUUUCUGUGCCUGUGUUUUGUGUUGGUGGCGUACUUAAUUGCAAAGUACUGUAAAUCAUUUACUUAUUCUACAGACAAAAUGACAGCAACAGCUUACAAUAUCUUGCAAUUAAGUACAAUAGACUUUAGGCUCAAAAAUGACAAGUAAGUGAUGUUGAAUUGAUGCCUCUUUUCCACUGUAUUUAAAAACUAUUAUUAUUUCAUCUUCACAAAGAUAGGAUUUGUCAAACGGCUAUUGUACUAUAUUUUACAGGGACUCAUGUUGUUGCGUCCACUUACUUGUAAAACAAAUUGAUUCCAAGUGUGCAAUAAGUUUUGUGCUGAAUUUCCAAGGUUGUUAGGUUUACAAUGUGCUGAGUUAUUUUUCUGAUUUUAAGAACCAGAAAAUCCCUCUCUUAGACCCCUGAUUUGGGACUUAUUUGGUUAGCAUGAGUUUCCUCAAGCAAGUCACUGCCAUUUGCUGUGGAAAGUUCAUUCAAAUAAUUUAUUAGUGUACUUAAGGGUUGGGGUCAUCACAGAUAAACAAACUCUGCUAGCAUUUAAAACUGAGUGUCAUAAAUUUAGAGGGUACUUUUUGUAAUUAGGCUUUGAUUCUUUAUGUAAAAGGAGAACUGAUACAGCAUGAUGCAGUUGAUAGCUAGCAAGGGCUACUUUCAAAUCACAUUUUGUUUAAAAAAAAAAAAAAAAAAAAGUCUGGGUUAUUUUGACAGACUCUUUAGGCUACCGUAGCCUUUAUGUUCUGUCAGGAGUAACCUUUAAAUGCCUUAAGCUCAUUCAACUGUCCUGUAUUUUAAGUUUUUGGUGUUGUCAUUUACGUUGCUCUGUGUUUUACCAGCCUGUAGAUUAAACAUUAACAUGGUUUUGUCAGGCUAUAUGAAUUAAAUACGUAGCCUGUUCUAUGAGAGCUAAGGAGAAAGAGAAAGAGUAACUGAAAAAUACACACUUGUAUGGAUUAAUUACUGCACAGUAGGGUUUCUAAGACAGAGCAUAAUGAACAAGGUAUAUUAUCAGAAUUAUGCAGCAAAUCACACAUUGUAGACCAAUAUAUAUACUACAGGGGCUUACAGGGGUUAAUGUCUGUAAUUAUAACCAUAUUUUGCUUGGAAGUCAAAUUUAAUAUAUUUUCCUUUACUUACAGAUAUUACCAAACACGCAUUUGGUUGCAGGGAAUGAGGUCUGAUCUCAUACUUACGUUGAUUCCUUCCCUUUAAAACUAAGUUUUGUGUUUUUUGUCUUUAUCAUUUUAUACCACGUGAAGAAGGGAAGUUUUGAUACCAUUUGGAUGUAGCUUAAGGGUUCUUUGAAGGAUGUUCUUGAUUCAACAUUAGCUAACUUGGGUAUCACAAAAGUCUCGAGUGACCUUAGGGGAGGUGUGCAAUUGUUUUUGUUUUCAUCUAAUGAAGCCUUUCUAGAUAGUUUGAAUAUUUAUCAUAGAUAUAUUUUCAGUUGCUCGAAUCUGUUCAUUGCAAAUCAUACCAGCAACAAAGACGACUUUCAGAAGUAUUGAGCCAUCUUGCAAGAGCGAUCAUAUUGCCAAAUGAAGAACAAAUAUCUUAUUGAAGUAGAAAACAGAAUCCUGUGGCUCGCCUGGAUGUACAGUUAAUGUAACAUAAAUCUGUGGUUUUGCUAAAGCUUAGCCUUGUGUCUGUAGAUGUUGGCCUUUUUAAGAAGACUAGAAAGAAAAAAAUCAACAUAGAUACCUACCCGCACACCAUGGGAUGUGGAUUUGACUCGGAUCAGUGGACUGAUAAAUUGUAUAGGUCACUACAAAGGGCUAAACAGUCUUCAGGGCUGCUGCUAAGUUUGUGGGCACUGUUUUAAUCUUUUAGUGAACAACUGACUUGUCAUAGGUAAAUAUCUAAUGUGGAGCUUACUUUACAUUCAUCCGUGGAGAUGAAUAACCGAUGUUGGAAAAACAAAAGAGCUAUUUUUAUUUUGUGUCAUGGAAUACAUUGAGCCAUUUGAACAUGAUUGGUUUAACCCACACCAGACACACUCAAGUCAUUGUGGAAGUCAAUACUCCCUUUACCUCUUUGUGUGGUUAUCUUACUGAUAUUAACAGUGGUGGUGUAGUUAGGCAGCCCCUUUACCAUUCCCUGUUUCCCAAACCCUCUCUUGGCAUGCUCUGUACAAGGCCCAAACCCAUACCUCUUCUCCCUCAAUCCUACAUGUACCCUCACCCAUUUUCUCCCCUCUCUCCUUCCCCCCCUUCCACCUUGGCACUGAGGAUCAUUGCACAAUGUCUAUGUGAAGGGGUAUGGACCUUACGAUCAAUAUGUGGGCAUACAUGGGGAUGGAAAGGGAAAAUAGCCAAAAUUGUUAAUUGGUGAAAAAAAUCUAUAAAUAUAUAUAUAUUGAAACGUAAAUGAGAUUUUAUAAAAUAAUUUAAAGAAUAAAAUUCUGAAAAAAAAAA